AUGGGAGCUUUUCCAGCCCUGCUGCUCUUGCUGGCACUACCAGAAUGAUGCCUGGCGGGAGAGGACACGCAAAUGUCCCUGCAUACAGAGGGAGAGUCCUCCAGAGCUAACUGCUCAUAUGACGUGCACAAGAAUUUAUGUGAGAAGAAAUUCUUGUGCAAGGUGCUGUCAGAAAAGUCUUGUCCGGUCUUAGCCUUGAGCUCUCCUUUAAAAGAAAGGAUUAAUCUUAACUGUGCACUGCAUCAUUCAGUUGACUUGACAGACUUAGGAUGUGGUUGGUUUUCUACGAUCGUGACAGCACUUCAGAGAGAGGCUUCUGGCACGUACCGGUGUGGGGAUCUGAGGAAUAUUCUGCUGCAAAGAAUACAGAUGAUGCUUUCACUUGAGGUGCUUUAUAGUCAGAGAAACCCUUCACACAGAAAAGCUUUGAUAACUCACAUAGACUUUGGGAAUCUCCCGUCCCUCCACUGCUCCUGCUCUGUGAGAGGCAGCAUCAGGAAACCUCAAUAUUUUAUUUGGUGCAAAAUAGAGCCCCAAAUUAGAUGUCAACUUAUUAUCAGAGGUAAUGAUCAAAGUAUUGCUAAAGUAGGAAGGGCUGAAAUGAUGAAUGACUUCUCAUGGAAAAUGAUUAGAGUGUGGCUGAAAAAGCUCCAACUUAAUGACUCAGGAGAAUUUCACUUUGAGAGCCAUUUCCAGGGGAGAAACAAACUACUGAAUAGGAUCACACUGGAAGUUUUAGGGGAAGAUGGCAAUCGAGGCACAGAGUUACACAUCAUUUCAUUUCCCGCUAAGAAGGUGGAUGUUGCCAACUCCACAGAUGACAGCAAUAAGGACCCGAGGCCUCUCUAUGCUCUCAUGGUGCUGAGUUCCUUCCUGCUUACAACUGCUCUGAUUGCCACCGCUGUGCUCCUCGUCACCGCUUACAUCAGAAGGAAAAGAGCAGGAAAAGGGACGGACUUCGGCAGACAUCCUUCUUUCGGACAAGCAGCUCUGCAGGAUGGAAAAAACACAGCAAGCACGAUGCCAGAAGGGGAACUGAAUGACAGUACGAUAUAUGCUGUCAUAAGGCACCAACCUCAGCUGAAGCCUGAAGAUGUUAUUUAUGUCAACAUGCAGCCUUCCCCAAAAGUUUUCUUCCAUGUUCAAGAACCAUCAAGCAAUUUAGUUUCCCCAGAGCCUAUGGAAUAUGCUACUGUUACCUUCAGAGCCACAACUCCACAUUCCAGAACUGAAAAGAGCAAAACAGGUCCACCUAAGCAAUGCAGCACAAAGCCUUGGGCUUAUUUGCGGAAUUUUGGUGACCUGCACUUAGAAACAACCCAUCUGUAA